AUGAACUCCUCGCAUCCUGCCGAACGGCCGCUGGCUAACAUGGUCGCUGCGGUAAGUCAAGAACAAGACUCUCCUUCCUCUUUUGUAACAUCCGCUCCUUCCCCUCCAAGUUUCCUCGAGCCUGCACUCUGUGAUCCUUUCCGCAGAGAUGCACAGGACGUACCCUUGAGGGCAAGAGCAUCCGAGCCCUCGGCUUAUGCAUCUUCCCAUCACCCCCCUACCCAACCCCCGUCCAUAUCAGCGGGCGGAUUCGUCGAUUACCCCCGUUCACCAAAUCCCCCACGCUCAUAUUCUUUACCCACUCGUCGCCGAUCGCUUUCCCGAGGGCCGGCGAUGCUACCUGACUUCGGCUUGCGCAUGAUCACUCCAGCCGAUGCAGUCGACAACCGCGACGAAUUACGACCUUCUGUAACCUCGAGCACAACUCUGACAGAGUCACAGAACCACCACAUGCGCAGCUCUCCACCUAUCCAACCAGGCGAGCAAAACUUCCCUGGCAAACUCCCUUCCUUCUCCGAGUUCCUCCACACUACACGGACUACCACACCACCACGGACUCCUCAGCGUCGGAAUGACUCGGUUGAAAGCUCUCCCCAUGUGCAACCCCAGUUUGACGAUGUGGCUUGGUCUGAGAGCAAGCGAAGACGCGUCGAUACACUCGGCGACAUCUACGAGCCACCUGUAGUGCAAGUCCGUCGCACGAGCAGUGCUAUUGAUCCAGCCCUUGCUGGCUACUCGCCCCACGUCCUUCAGCAGCAUCCAGUGCAGCCUGUAGGAUCCGGCAUGCAUCACCGCCAAAGCCACUCGUACGUGCCACCACAACAGCAGUCGAUGCCUUCGAACCCACACAUGCGACACCAGUCACCCUCAGCUCCCCAAGGCCACAUUUCCUACGCGCAACCUAUCGGACAAAGUCCCUUCCAGCAAUCCAUGGUUCAGCAAGGCUCCAUGUACGAGCCACGUCAUAGCUACUACCAUGAGUCUCCAGCAGCUGUCUAUGGCGGAUACGACCGACCUAACGAUUCUUACUUCACUCGGGCCGGAUACCAAGGCUAUGACACAUCCUACAGUGACAUUCGCUUCCAACAGCAUGUUGGCCUUGAUCACAACGCAUUUAACAGGAAGCGCCGAGGCAAUCUGCCGAAAGAGGCCACGAACCUCCUGAAAGACUGGUUUGCCGCCAACCGAACAUCACCAUAUCCCACAGAAGACCAGAAGAUGGAACUCUGCAACAGAACUGGGCUCAGUCUCAACCAGGUUUCCAACUGGUUUAUCAACGCUCGUCGUCGUGCUCCACAAAAGGAACAACGGGAACGCGAGGCCAAUGGUCCCGAAACAUAG